UAAAAACUCACUUCAACGCCCCUUCUUCCUUUUCCUCUGCUCCAUUUUUGCUCUCCCAUGGCGGAAUCUUCCGACAAGCCCCGACUCCAUUUUCUCUUCCGUUGCUUCAGAUCUUCCCCCAACGUUCAACGCCAAAAGGCUCACCCGAUCGCCUCCCCGAACCGCAGGACUCCGUCGCUUCGUUUUCGAUUCAAGAAGUCCUCUGCAACUGUGCCGCUCGACGCCGCCGUACCAUGUCACGAUGAACUCUCUUUGUCGCCGGAGUUCAAUACACCGCCUCCGCCGCCGCUGAUUAAAGGCGAAAUCAUCGUGGAUUCGGGCUGUAAGACAAUAAAGCCGAGUAAAACUCGGAAGAAAUCCGAGUCAACUCAGUCGAAUCCGAAAUCCGAGUCAACUCAGUCUAAUUCCACGGCGGAGAAAAAAACUUCCCCGUCGUUACACUCCGAAAAAGGUUUGAAGAAAUCAAUCUCUCAUCUCCCUACCGCCGCCGCCGCCCUAACUACAUCGCUGCCGUCCUCCGACCGCUGGAAACCGCCGACAAAUUCCCCAAACAAGAAGUUCGAUCUCGUAAUUGUAAUUGUUGCGGUAGCGAUUGUAGUACUGUGGGGACGACUCUGCGCCAUACUCUGCACGGCGGCGCUGUUCUACCUCAGACGUUGCCUGAGAUCGAAAGCCGAACUGGACGUCGUCAUCCACGGAGGAGGUGCUUUUGGUAGGGUUUCAUCAGAGGUUUAGGCAAAAUACGGUUACGGAAAACCACCAUGCGAGGGAGCUUGGAGAAUAUUCUAAUGGCGGAAGUGACCGUCCUUGUAUGUCAUCUCAAAUCCCUCGCAAGGAUGCUGGACAAGGUAUUUUUUAUAAACGGUGAUGUUGAUGUGGAAUUUUUCGUGACAACAUACCCCGACGUUAUAUACUCCCUUGCUCAUUAUCGGCACAUUCCUCUUGCAUAUCCAAGAGUUGAUGCUCAUAACCCUUAUCUGAUCACGAGGUACGACGGGACUGUAAUCAAUCCCCAACCCAAGAGUUUGAGUGCUAAUAUUCGUUUAAGUAUAAUAUGUCUUAAUGAGUUGAGCAUGGUGGUGGUGCUCUAGAGCGUAGAAACUCUCUAGCUUUUGCUCAUUUCGGCAAUCACCCAACUAAGGAUAUGGUUCCAAAUGGA